AUGGAGGUGUCAAAUGUUAUACGGGUAUUGUUCCCAUUUAGCUGUGUGAUUUCCGAAGACGGGAUUCUCAUUGGAUGUCAAGAUUCACGCAGGAGACUUGUUUGCGUUGUGGGUGUAGUCAAUCAGCCAUGCAGCAAUGAAACGGUCCGUACAUAUUUACGGAAGGUAUCCCUCGGUCAGAAAACUACAUAUCCCGUAACUGUUCUCGGAACUUGGCGGAGGGGACAACAUCACGAUGACACUGCUUAUAGAGCAAACUCUUUCCCCGCGCACGGGCAAGACAACUGGAUUGAAAUGUACACUUAUGUCAACAACCCGGAUCCUCCAAACUGUAUUGCGUAUGGGACUUGGGAAAACAACGCCCUCAUGAUGAUCUUGUACGAUCAGACGAAGUUCUUGAAGGCAAAACUUCAGAACCAGGAAGGUAACAGCGGAAUAGCAAAUGGGAAGACUAAAAAGAACGAAUACAUGACCGAUAUUGACUGCAUUUUUGAUAUGGUGAAUUCAUGUAAGAACACAGUACUUUGCAGUGGACAUAAUGCCAUUGAAUAUGACCUAAAUAUUAUACAUAGCCAAUCAGAACGCAACAAAAGCUGCAAGAUUUGGACACUAUCACUAAGUCUAUUGAAUUGGUGGAUGAUGUUAAUAUUCAGCGUUAUAGUAAAAAUGACAGGCAUUAUUACCAUGUGCAGUUUAUGUGUAAGUAAUCCAAUACAACGCUUGGUUAGAUUCCCAGCCACUGGAUGUCAGUUAGUAGAAAGAUAUCAUCAUUUAUAUCACAUUCUGACUCUGCAUAAACAAAGUGAUCAUGAGGAGUUGUAUCAGAGGACUUCAUCAAAGCUGUACAUCAGAAAGGGUAAUAUGUUAUCUUCUAUUGUUGUGGAUAUACUGCUUGGCGUUGCUGUUAUGUUAUGGUUGAUUCACUAUGACUAUCCAAACCUACUGGCUUCUCAAAUCAUGCAACUUGUUGAUGUGAUAGGCGGAGAGUUACAGAAGUUAUUGGCAUGGAUGAUGGGUGUUCCAGCUGGUUUAAAACUCAAUAGCCAACUUGAUAUGUUCUUGGGUAAAUUCUUCCUCUACCAUGUCUAUCUGUGGUUAGGUUACCUGCAUGUUUUAAGGCCAUUUAUGUCUACAAUAGUAUGGUGCAUUGGUUUAUCUGGAUGUCUUGGAUUAUCAGUCUUCCUAUCUCUAAUGAUGGAUUUCUUAUCAAUGUUGACAUUCCAUAUUUACUGUUUCUAUGUAUAUGCUGCAAGAUUAUAUAAUCUGCAGCUAGCUGGAUUGUCAUCAUGCUGGCGUUUAUUUCGUGGUAAGAAAUGGAAUGUGCUUCGACAACGUGUGGAUUCAUGUCAGUAUGAUGUAGAUCAGCUGUUUGUUGGUACCCUCAUGUUUACAAUAUUACUCUUCCUCCUACCAACCACUGCAUUGUAUUACGUGGUGUUCACAUCAUUUCGUCUAGUUGUGCUGGUAUUGGAAAGCCUCCUGGCAAAGAUGGUAGUCUACCUCACAACCUUCCCAGUAUUCUCUCUGUUUUUGAGAUUGAUCCAAUCUGAUAUCCUAGCGGGAGGUGUUCGCUUCUCUGUGAUUGAUGGGCCAUCAAACCAACCAUUGUGCCUCUCUAUUCAUGUGGAACCCACACCUUACUCGGUAGUAUUAAAACAGGGAAAACUGGAGAAGAUGGAUACAUGGAAAACAAACAAUGUUCAGAAACAAUCCAGUAGUUUGGGUAGUAUUUGUAAAAAAUUACUUGCUGGCCACCUAGUCUACCCAUGGGGCGGUGAAAAACCAAAGAAAUAA